AUGGCCAACAUAUCUCUCCGCCGAAGUUCUCGUCUAAUGUCCGCUAUUCCAACUUUAACUGAAAAUGCGAAAAGCGUUGCAAUUGCCGUGAACAUAGUCUCGAAGGAGACGCAAAGCAAUACUCGGCCAACUAAGCGCACGCGUGGACCGGCUUCUCAAUCACAAGGGGCAAUUCCUCAGGUAGAUGAGCAAGACUUUUCGAAACCUGAAGAGGUGAAGAGGAAACCUAGGAAGCGGAACAGGGAGCCACCUCUAGAACCUACACUCUCCGACUUUGCCACGAGGGUCGUCAGCGCGUGGAAGGUCGGCCCCCAUGUCUCUUCGGCUGGAGGAGUAGAAAAUGCGGUGGCAAACGCUGCGGCUGUUGGCGCAAAUGCGUUUGCUAUUUUUCUCAAAUCGCAACGCAAAUGGACGUCGACUCCGCUCACAGAGCAUUCUGUCGCUACGUUCAAAGCCCGUAUGAAAGCAUUUGGAUACUCUGCAAAACAUGUCCUUCCUCACGGGAGCUACCUCGUUAAUCUAGGAAAUCCUGACGAGGCGAAACGCGAAAAAUCAUACCAGUGUUUUUUGGACGACCUCAAGCGAUGCGAGCAGCUCGAUCUUGAGCUCUAUAAUUUCCACCCUGGAUCGACUGUCGGUCAAGCUACAGUGAAAGAAUCGCUGGGCUUUAUCGCUGAAUGCAUUAAUCGAGCCCAUAAAGAAACCGAGCGCGUGGUCAUUGUUUUGGAGAACAUGGUUAGUUUACUCGAUCACUCAUUUGCUUUCCUCCUAAGAACAAGCGGUAUGAAGGCAGGAUCAGGAAACGUAAUCGGAUCAGAGUUUUCAGAGCUAGGGAGAAUCAUUGAUCAAGUGGAUGACAAGAGCAGAGUUGGAGUUUGCUUGGAUACUUGCCAUAUGUUUGCCGCGGGAUAUGAUAUCAGGACACAAGAAGGCUGGGAAUCAACAAUGGCCGAAUUUGAACGUGACGUUGGACUCCAAUACCUCCGAGGUAUGCAUCUAAAUGACAGUAAAGGUGCCCUCGGAAGCAAGAAAGACAGGCAUGAGAAUAUUGGCAUUGGCGAGCUCGGCCUAGCGACCUUCUCGCAUGUGCUAUCCGAUUCCCGAACGAAAGAUCUGCCCUUGAUCCUCGAAACACCUGCCUUUGACACGCCUGGUGCAAGUGGAGGACUUGGUGCUACGGGCGGCAUGGACGUGUGGAAGACAGAAGUGGACGUCCUCAAUCGGAUCGCGAUGUCAUCUGAGCGUACCAAUUUCGAAGUUUGGAAACAGGAGGUUGGAGCGAUUGUGAAAAAGGCAAGCUCUGCGAAAGACAUGAAGGGGAAGAAGAAAGUAGACAGGGCGAAAGGUGGAAAACAGAAGAAGAAAACGAAGGGAGACGAGGAUGACGGAAAGGAAGAAUAUGGAAGCUGCGCCGAAGAUCAUGAGGAUGCAUAA